AUGGAAGUGGAGACCGGAAUCAAUGGGGAUGUCAGCAAUGCUCAGAAGCAGCUUGGCGGCCGGGUGACCGCCACCUACAGAAAGAUCUCCAAGACGGCCGGUGCGAGACCGCGAAUGAUUAGCGACGCCGUUCGUCAUGAUUUAAUGGAUGGAAUCGGGCAAUUCAUCUCGCAGGGUAGCAUGAGCUUCUCGAGUUUCCGCGACGUGUGGCAGAGCCGGAAGCUGUCCGUCCUGCACUUCGCGGUGCCCAGAAGGGUCAACGAGAACGCUUUGCUCCAGCUGUCCUUCUCUGUGGCCCUCGACCUUCUCAUGAAGGACGACGAACACAACGCGGGAGAGGACGAGAUGGACCCGGAUGGCGAAGAGGAUGAGGAUGAUGAUGAUGAUGAUGAUGAUUGCGAGGAGGGGGGGGGCAGGGCCAAGCAGCCUCCUCGUGGCAAGAGAGCCGACGCCGGCGGCCGCGGCCGCGGUCGGGGUGGCCGGAGCAUCACCGGUGCCCGGGGCGGCGGCGUCACGCAGCAAGCGGCCGCGAAAGCCCGUGCUGGAAGCGGUCGGGGCCACGGCGGUGACGCAGCAAACGGCAGUGGCGGUCCUAGCAGUAGUGGCGGCGGUAGCGGUGCCGCGUCGUCUCCUACCGCCACGCCGGUUGAUCUGCCACCGACCCUGCCGGCCCACGAGACCGGGCCGGGGUCCCUCCCGUUCCAGAUCGGCGCCCUGUACGCGCUGUACUGCCUUCACGGGACUCAGUUGUUCAGCUCCGCCCCGAUGCCCGUCCGGGUGUCGCCGGAGGCGAUGCUGGCGCUGGUGCAAGCUCAGGAGGCGGAGAUCAGAUCGAGAGAGGCGGAAGCGGCCAUGGCAAAGGAGGCAAGGGCGGCGGCGAGGGCCAAAAGGGUCCUUGAGGAGGAAAUGUCCACGGGGACCCCGCCCUCGGGAGCCGCGCAGGCGUCGAGCUGGGGGCCGAGGGCGAGAGUGGAAGCAGCGGUUGAGGCCGUUUCCGAGCCCAUCAAGGGUUUGUCUUCAACGUACAGGGAGUACGCCGCCGCUCUCGCGGAGGCGCGUGUUCCGACCAUCACCACCGCCGGCACGUCCCCCGCCGAUGACGACGACAGCAGCGACGACAACGGCAGCACCAUGGGCGACGCAGGUAACAACAACACCGUUGGAGGUCAUACGGCGGGACGGAGCGAGUGGUUUGGGCGAGACCUGGCGGCCAUCCUCGAUCGCACCCGUCGGAAACAGCCGUUGCUCGAUCCGCACGGGCUGAAGGAGCUCGCCCUGCAUCCGCCGCCGCCGCCGCAACUAGAAGCGGCGUGUGCCACAUCGGGGUCGCCAUCUCACCCCCCCGCGUUCAGAGCGUUGCCUUUGCCGGUGCUCCCGGAGACCCUGCACAGGCUAGGGUGGCGUGUCGGGAAGACGGCCAGAACGUCAGUGGUAAGCGCAAAGGAGGAAGCGCGGUCAAGCAUGAAGGCGCGCUCGAAAGCGAAACGGAACGGUGGCGGUGGCGGUGGCGGCGGUGGCGGUGGCGGCGGCGGCGGUAAGAAGAAGACUUCUCAGGGCCCGAUGGUUGCGUCUGGCGUACGUGACAACAUCAGGCUCCUUCAGAUGGAGCUGAAUGCCGGGACAGACGAGGAGGGUGACGACAGCAGCAGCAACAGCAGCAGUGGCGAAAGGGAAUCGGCGAGGGAGGGGGGUGUGGGGGCAGGGCAGGAGGGGGAAGUAGUAGACGAGUGGAUGAGCGAUGACAACUACGGGUUGCCCUCAGGAGUGCAAUCGAGAGUAACGACCGGGAGCCCCCCCGCCCGUGGCGGUGCUGGUUCCGCUAAGAGCGCUACGUUUGGGCUCCCCUCCGCUCCCGGGGUUCCACGGUCGGCGGCGGAGAAAAAGGCAACUGCGGCUGGUACCCGACCCUCCUCGUCGGUUCCUGAGGUGUCGCCAGUGGCGACACCGUUGGCAUCGAGCGGCGCGGUGGGGGGUGGUGGAGCAAGAGCAAGCGCGGCCGCCGGUGGCGGCGGGGGGGCAGGGUUCGAUGCGACCGCGAGCGUGGGCGCGGGCGUCGGCGAUACCAGCAGCGAUUCGGGCUCGGACGAUGACGCUUCCGCUGGAGCAGGAGGCCCCGGCCGGAAUGAAAUUGCCGGAGGGUCUGGCAACACCGCCGGGAGCCGUACAGCACCUCCCCCUCCUUGCCCCGCUCGUACCCCUGGUGGUGCGACUCGUGCAUCUGCCGCUAAUGCUGCAGUUGGGGAUGGCAUCUCUUCCUCUGCUUCGUCGAGCAGAACCGAAGCUGAAGCACCAGCCGUCUCUAGAGCAUCUGCCGCUGCCGAGGCCAACGGCGGUGUGGCACGGGGGCAGGAGAUGGGCGAAACUUCUAGCGACAGCGACGACGGCUAA